GGCUCCGCUCCGGCAGCAUCCAUCUCUGCACCGGGACGCACACAAACACACGGGGAGAGGCUGCAGGGAAACAGAACAGGCGACAGAACAAAACGAAAGGAAAGGGGGGAAAUAUCUAUCACACUUGCUGCUGCUGCUGCUGCUGCUGCCCCACAUUGUGAAGGCGGUCCAUGUUCUACAAAGCCACCAACAACCAUCUGUCCUUCAUUAUUUAAACUGGACAGCACAGCGGUUAUACUCCGGAGGUCCCACUCGGCUGCUGGAAGUGAUGCACCCUGCAGGACUGAGAGAACAGUAAAAUGAUUUGAUCUUCGCUGUGGAUACAUCCAAUCGGUGCUGCUGUUGAUAAGAGGGAGCAUGAAGUUUGCGGUUGCGGUGUUGUGGUUCUCCCUGGCUCUCGGGAAGGCUACUAUGCAAGCUCAGGAAGACUUUGUGUCGCUGGCCGAGAUGGAGGAUUCCUUGCUGAGGAACCUUUUCAGGGGUUACCAGAAGUGGGUGCGGCCUGUCCAGCAUGCCAACGACACCAUCACUGUUCGCUUUGGACUCAAGAUCUCACAGCUGGUUGAUGUGGAUGAAAAGAACCAACUGAUGACUACAAACGUCUGGCUCUGGCAGGAGUGGGUUGACGUGAAGCUAAAGUGGAACCCAGAUGACUAUGGAGGCAUUACCUCCAUCAGAGUGCCUUCAGAGACGAUAUGGCUGCCUGACAUCGUCCUGUAUGAAAAUGCGGACGGUCGCUUUGAGGGUUCCCUGAUGACUAAAGCCAUUGUGCGCUGGGACGGGACCAUAACGUGGACUCCACCUGCCAGCUACAAGUCCUCCUGCACCAUGGACGUCACCUUCUUCCCCUUUGACCGACAGAACUGCUCCAUGAAGUUCGGCUCCUGGACUUAUGAUGGUAACAUGGUGGACCUGGUCCUGGUGGAUCACUACGUGGACCGCAAAGACUUCUUCGAUAAUGGCGAGUGGGAGAUCCUAAAUGCUACAGGAGUGAAGGGAAGCAGGAGGGAUGGGGUGUACUGGUACCCAUUCGUCACGUACUCCUUCAUCCUCAAGAGACUGCCCUUGUUCUACACCCUCUUCCUCAUCAUCCCAUGCCUCGGCCUCUCCUUUCUGACAGUGCUGGUGUUUUAUUUACCAUCAGAUGAAGGAGAGAAACUGUCUCUUUCCACAUCUGUGCUGGUGUCACUCACUGUGUUCCUCCUGGUCAUAGAAGAAAUCAUCCCUUCAUCCUCAAAGGUGAUCCCACUGAUAGGAGAAUACCUGCUCUUCAUCAUGAUCUUCGUCACUUUUUCCAUCAUCGUCACUGUCUUUGUAAUUAAUGUCCACCACCGGUCCUCUGCUACUUACCACCCCAUGGCCCCCUGGGUAAAGAGCCUCUUCCUUCAGAGACUGCCCAGACUGCUGUGUAUGAGGGGGCACACAGACAGAUACCACUUUCCAGACAUGGAGAUGCGCAGCCCGGAGCUGAAGCCCCGCAAAGGUGUGGGUAGGAGGGGUGCUCCUGGCCAACAGAGAGGGCCCCUCAUGGGGAAGGAGGAUGAGAACCAAGCCUGGCUGGCCAUGUUGGAGAAAGCCACGAGUUCAGUUCGCUACAUCAGCCGUCACAUCAAAAAGGAGCACUUCAUACGAGAGGUUGUUCAAGACUGGAAGUUUGUGGCGCAGGUGUUGGACAGGAUUUUCCUGUGGGCCUUCCUCACAGUGUCAAUACUGGGAACUGUCCUAAUCUUCACCCCUGCUCUGCAGAUGUACCUCAGCACACCUUGAUGAACACACACACGCACACACACACAAACACGUGGAUACUCUCCAACAGCUCGUUCUUGUUUUCCUGUUUGUUUUUGGCUGUGACUUAUUGAUGAAGCUCAAUAAAACAUUCACACUGUAUAUUUAUUUUGUAGAAACAAGCUCGAGCUACAAACUUUACCUCCCUACAGUAUGGUUUACAGUGAGUAACGACUACUGCAAACUGUGGUGUUCUAGAUGCAACUUGUCAUUUAUUGUAAGGUGCAUGCACCGGAGUGCGAAGGACUGAAAGCAAUAAGCCGGUUAUAGUAGCGAGUAUGAUUUGAGUAUCCAUGUUUGUAUAACUGUGAUUCUGUAAUUAUAAAUGCAACAACAUGCACAAUAUCACUCCAUGAAUAAUGACUUGUUUUGUGUGUCACAUGCACUAUGUUGUCCAGCCAGCUGUACUCCACUGUAAGUGCUGUAAUGAUGACGAUAAAAAUAAAUCUGAUGUUCAAAAACACUUUUACAUUCCCUUUUUGAGGCCUGAUGCUGACAACCAGGCAAAGUGAGCAACUACACCUAGUUUGUGUUAAUUUGAUAAAUUGAGAAUUUGUUUGGUUGAACU